AUGAAAGUUGUGACGAACGCCGCCAUCGCCCUUGUGGCCUUCGGUGGAAGCAUCGCCGUUCAUGGCCAAGAAUUUGACCCGUCUCGCAAUCUCUGCCCUCUGCCCUGUAGUGUCUCGGGGCGCAAUCCAGCCAACUGGACUUACUAUCACAAGGCCAAUGAGCUGAAGUUGUGUAAUCAGUCUUCACUUUUUGAUAUUGCCAGCUUCAACACUCCUAUCGACCAACCGGGCACCGAUGUUACCAUUCGCGCCUGCGCUCUUCAAAGCUGGGAUCCAGUCAAUGCUCUCCCUACUACCAAGCACCACAGGGCCUCAGGUCUUCGUUCACGCGAGUCUUUUACCAGCGAGGCAGGUCCAACCUUCAGUAAUGCCACCAUCUCUUCCUCCGACUCCACGUCUCUCACCAACUCCACGGGGACUUGUUCCCACGGCACUCCUAGCGAAGUUACUGCCGAGCUGCAACAAGUAUCUUGGACAAGCAAUGCAAACUCUAGUGUUGCUGUUGGACCAGUGAUCGCCGCGGCUGAAGCGCUAGUCUCGUAUCUGAACGACGAGGCGAACUGUCAGCCUACUAUCGUGCUGUCACAGUCUGGAUCCGCUGUCGUGGGGCUAUAUGUUGGCAGCCAGCUGAACAAAAAGAGUGCGGCGAGCCUGGCCAAACGGUUUAUUGAUAACACUCAGUCACUCCAGAUACUCGAUCGUGCCGCUUCAGAGGUAUGCGGUACCAACACGAGCAGUACGCAAGUUUUUGGAGUCUUCGCCUCGGCCAGAGGUGAGCUUGGAGAGGCGCAUCGAGUCCUUCGCGAGUGGCACAGCGGACAUUGCCUCUCUGGCUUUGACGAACAGAAGGCUGUGUCGCAUGAGUCACUAAGUGUUCACAGCGCCAUUCUCGAUGCUGCGGACUCUUCUUCAUCUGGGGUAAAGCGCUUGGCCAAGUCGCUCUUCAAGCGAGCCACGUGCAAGUAUAUCCAGGCCGCCGACGGAGACGGCUGCUGGGCGGCGGCCGACAAGUGCAAGAUCUCCCAGGAUGACCUCAAAAAGUACAACCCGCUCAAAAACGGGGCCGACCUCUGCGACAACAACAUCCUCAGGGGCAUGUACCUCUGCUGCGGGCCCGGCGACCCGCCCGACUUCUCGCCACAGCCCAACCCGGACGGCACCUGCGUGGGCUACUCGGUCAAAAGGGGGGAAGGGUGCGGCGUCAUCGCCAACGCGCACAGCAUGACGAUCGAGCAGAUCGAGGAGCGCAACAAGAAGUCGUGGGGCUUCGCAGGCUGCGGCCAGCUCCAGGAGAACCAGAUGAUCUGCCUGAGCACUGGCGACCCGCAGUUCCCGAACCCGGUAUCGACCUACGUCUGCGGCCCGCAGAAGAUGGGCACAACGAAGCCCGCCGAUGGCACCGACUGGGGUUCCCUCAAUCCGUGCCCCUUGAACGCCUGCUGCAACAAGUGGGGUAGCUGCGGCAUCACGCCCGAGUUCUGCACGGAGGGCAAGGCAGACACGGGCGCCCCAGGGACGUCGCCGCCGGGUACAAACGGCUGCAUCUCCAACUGCGGCACCGAGAUCAAGAUCGGAGACUCACCCUCAGACCUUACUCUCGUUGGGUACUUUGAGUCCUGGAACUUCAACCGCCCGUGCAUGCACAUGGAUGUGUCUCGCAUGACGGACACGCGCCCCAACACCGGCUCGCCGUACACGCAUAUCCACUGGGCUUUCGCCAACAUCACGUCGGACCUCAAGAUCGACGUUUCAGGCGCCCAAGACCAGUUCGACGGGUUAAAGAAACUGAAUGGCAUCAAAAAGAUUGUGUCCUUUGGCGGCUGGGACUUCUCGACCAGCCCUAGCACUUAUAUGAUCCUUCGGCAAGCUACUGCACCAGUGAAUCGACAGGCAUUUGCGCAGAGGGUUGCAGACUUUGUAAAAGACAAUGAGCUAGACGGGGUUGAUUUUGACUGGGAAUACCCUGGAGAGCCCGAUAUUCGCGGCAUCCCUCCAGGAGCUGCCGACGAAGGACAAAACUAUCUAAGAUUUCUGACAACUCUUCGUGGGAUCCUCCCCAAAGAGAAGAGUCUCUCCAUCGCCGCUCCAGCAUCGUAUUGGUACCUGAAACAGUUUCCGAUCAAGCAGAUCGCCCAGGUCGUCGACUACAUCAUCUACAUGACUUAUGAUCUGCACGGCCAGUGGGACUACGACAACAAAAAUGUUAACGAGGGGUGCUUUAACUGUGCUCGGCACCACGUGAACACCACUGAAAUAGACUACUCUCUGGCCAUGAUCACCAAGGCAGGCGUAAACACCAACAAGAUUGUAGUUGGUAUGGCUCUGUACGGACGAAGCUUUCAGUUGGCGCAAAAGGGCUGCAAAGGCUCCGAGUGCAAGUUUACUGGGCCAGAGUCAGGUGCACUAAAGGGACGCUGCACUGACACGGCGGGAUACAUCUCCAACUACGAGAUAGAGGAGAUCCGCUCGCAGUCCGAGAACCCCGACAUCGGCACGUUUUGGAACGUCGCCGAGACCAAGGACUUUGGCGACACCAUCUACUACAACGACGAUCAAUACAUCUCAUGGAUGAGCCCCAAGUCGUAUUUUGCCCUGGCCGCAAACAUGAUCUUCAAGAACAUGGCCGGCCUGUCUGACUGGGCGACCGACCUCGACGGUGACUGGGGCGACGACGGCAAGGGCGACCUUGUCCAAACCGGAGACGGCUUCGACGACAUGAACAUGGUGUGCGACUACAGCAAGAAGUACACCACCCUUGAUGAGGUCAAGAACGACUCCUCAGGCAAGAGGGCCGAGUGCAUCGUGUGGAUGACGAUGCAGGCCCUGACGGACAUGCUCGAGAAGGCGGUCGCUGACUACAAUGACGCGAACAAUGGGUAUGACGAGAAGUUUGCUGCGUAUACGCGCUACGUCAAGAGCAUGAUUCCCAUCGCUGUCGACCACUUCAUGUUGAGCAGCUCGGGGACUGCGGGCAAAGGAUUCGAUUACUUCGACUGCGAAUUUACCGAGGUGUUCCACGACCCGGUGAUGAAGCCGUGCAGGGAGUUCACGUCGCUGGAAGAGCUCACCACCAGCAGCUACGACCUGACCUUCAUCCUCAAGGACAAGGACGGCUUCCACAAGGCCCUCGCCGAGGACAGCGGCCUCCCGAGCGACUGGAUCGACAUGCACGGGUCCCGCGAGGACAUCGAGGGGUGCGCCGUCCCCAACGGCGGCAUAUGCCCGCCGCAGGCCGGCAUCCGCAAGUGGCACGACUACCCGGACGCGGUCAAGGACAUCGAGAUCACCAACCCUAAAGACGCGAUAUCCAAGGCGAUAGGCGGUAUAGACGAGUUCCGCGCCAAGACCGCCGCGGGAGCUCUGCAGCUGCUCAUGGUCGAGUGGGAAGGCAAGGGCAACUACGACGACGUGAUCGAGUCGGUGGCUACAUCCAUCUCGAUGCUCCAAGACACGGUCGAGUACAUGAAGCAGGCCAAGAAGCUGGGCGAGGAGGAGGAGAAGAUUGAGAAGAAGAAGAAGCUGGAUCUGAUCCUCAAUAUCGUCAGCGCGGUCCUGCUCGUCGUCCCCUUUGCGGGCGAGGUCGGCCUCUCGCUGCUCGGUGCGACCAAGUACGCCUCCAUGAUCGCCAAGCUGAGCUGGCUGGGGCAAUUCUCCGGCAUCGGGUUCAGCGUUUACGAAUUCAAACAGGACCAGACGAACAUCAGCGCCCUAUUCGGCUUCCUCAUAGGGCCUAUUGGCGGUGGGGUGGGUGCUAUCGCAAACAAGCUAGACAUAGGUCUGUUUAGAGAGAUCGCCCUCAAGGCCCGGUUUGUCUACGUGGACCUGGCUUCAAGGGCUCCUGGGUAUGUCCGCGACAACAGGGUCACGCUUGAGGCACUCAAGCAGAUCCGGGGCUACUGUAAAGCCUAG